AGGUUCCGCACACCAGAGGCUCUCUUCCAACCUUCCUUCCUGGGUAUGGAAUCUUGCGGUAUUCACGAGACCGUCUAUAAUUCCAUCAUGAAGUGCGACGUCGAUAUCCGUAAGGAUCUCUACGCCAAUAAUGUCCUCUCCGGUGGUACUACUAUGUAUCCCGGUAUCGCCGAUCGUAUGCAGAAGGAAAUCACCGCCCUCGCCCCCUCGACCAUCAAGAUCAAGAUCAUCGCUCCUCCUGAGAGGAAGUACUCCGUAUGGAUCGGUGGUUCCAUUUUGGCUUCUCUAUCCACCUUCCAGCAGAUGUGGAUUUCCAAACAGGAGUACGAUGAAUCUGGCCCUGGCAUCGUCCACCGCAAGUGCUUCUAAACAAUUACGCUCGAUGCUAUUCACUAUUAUUAUUGUUAUUAUUGCUACACCUUUUCCUAAAUUGUACCGUACACUGCCGCAUCGCUUCGUCUAGUUGGAUCUCCGUUAGUCGAAUAUUCUAUUGUCGUAAUUAUUGGUCCGUGGCGGCAAGUCUUUUAUCAACAACUAUUAUACGAGCAUAUACGUCAUCUUUUGUAUAUAAGUUUACGUCUAUGGAAUAAAUCAAUCUUAUAUUCUCUCUUACAUUCGUGCAA